AAUCCAAUCUUUCUGGCUAUGCUCUCCUCUCCUUUCCUUCCCUCCUUUUGCAGUUUCCACUGAAACUGUGGCUCAACAAUCAAACACGAAUUACAAGAUCAAACCCAAGUAAUUGUCUUGUUGAGAGAUCAAUUUUAUUGAACACCCUUUUCUAAAAACUACUUAGAAACUUUUUUUCCUUAAAUGGCAGCCACUACUUCCCUAUCUGUGCUGCCUUCAUCACUUGGUUUCCCAAAUGAAAGCCAUUCCAACACUUCUCAAUCGUCUUCUUAUUCUUGUUCUUCUUCUGUUUUCUUCAAUGGUGUGGCCCGUCUCAGGUCCCACGACAGCUUCGCUUGUGUGAGUUUCCCUUCUUCUUCUUCGGCAUGUUCUUGGAGAUUGAAUAAUGGUAAGGCUGGUACUCACCGUUUUGGGACGCUGGUAGUGGCUGCUUCUGGGGAUUAUUAUGCUACUCUUGGAGUGCCCAAAUCUGCUUCUGAUAAAGAUAUUAAGGCCGCCUAUCGUAGAUUAGCUCGUCAGUAUCAUCCCGAUGUCAAUAAGGAGCCAGGAGCAACUGAAAAAUUCAAGGAGAUUAGUGCUGCAUAUGAGGUGUUAUCAGAUGAUAAAAAGAGAGCUUUGUAUGAUCAAUAUGGCGAAGCUGGAGUCAAGAGUGCAGUCGGAGGACAGUCCAGUGCUUAUACUACUAAUCCCUUUGAUCUAUUUGAAACAUUCUUUGGACCAAGUAUGGGUGGUUUUCCAGGCAUGGAUCAAGCUGGAUUCAGAACAAGCCGUCGAAGUACGGUUAGUAAAGGUGAUGAUAUACGUUACAACAUUACUUUAGAAUUUUCGGAGGCUAUUUUUGGAGCUGAAAAGGAAUUUGAGCUUUCCCAUUUAGAAACAUGUGAAGUUUGUCUCGGAACUGGAGCAAAGGUUGGGUCAAAAAAGAGGAUAUGCUCAACUUGUGGUGGAAGGGGUCAAGUUAUGAGGACUGAGCAGACACCCUUUGGCUUGUUUUCACAGGUUUCUGUUUGUCCAAAUUGUGCUGGGGACGGUGAAAUUAUUUCUGAAUACUGUCGGAAAUGCUCUGGUAAAGGACGUAUAAGAGUAAAGAAAAAUAUCAAGGUCAAAGUUCCUCCUGGGGUUAGCGCAGGAAGUAUCCUCAGAGUUGCAGGGGAGGGUGAUACUGGACCAAAGGGGGGCCCUCCAGGGGAUCUUUAUGCAUAUCUAGAUGUUCAAGAGAUCCCAGGAAUUCAAAGAGAUGGCAUAAAUCUUUUGUCAACGGUGUCCAUUAGUUACCUUGAUGCCAUACUGGGGUCUGUUGUCAAGGUGAAAACAGUGGAAGGGGUAACUGACCUACAGAUCCCACCAGGGACUCAACCGGGGGAUGUAUUAGUCCUUGCAAAAAAAGGUGCACCAAAGCUGAACAAACCAUCUAUACGCGGCGAUCAUUUAUUCACAAUCAAAGUUACCAUACCAAAUAGAAUUAGUGCCACAGAGCGAGAAUUGCUUGAGGAACUUGCCUCUCUGAGUAAUUCAAGUGGCAGCCGCUCUCGAAUUCGCCCAAGGACUCAACCCGCGACCAAAGCUACAGGAAGUAAUGCUGGUACUGACGCAGAGAAAACUGAAGAAGCAGCAGAUGAGAGUGAUCCGUGGACGAAGCUAAAAAAUUUUGCCGGGUCGAUAGCAAAUGGAGCUGUUAAAUGGCUAAAAGACAACCUUUAAUUUGAUUGGGUAACAUUUUGCUAGCUAUUCUUUCAGCCUUGUCGUACAUACCAUGCUGUCAACUUAACUGCAAGUUGUUGGUUUUGCACUGAAGAAUAAAAAUAAGAGGGAAUUAGAAACAGUUGUGUACUAUUGCCAUUAUUCAAAUUUUAGUUAAUACAUUGGCAUGAAUUUCUUAUUGCA